CUGCCUCCCUCCCUGCACUUGCUCUCCUUCCCUCUUGGCAUCCACAGACGCGCUUUCACUCCACUUUCUCCCGCUCCUCUGGAUCCAUCACUCGCCAGGAAGAUGAAAACCACUUUUUACCUCCUUUUCGUUUCCACCUGUUCCUUCCUUCUGCUGCAUCUGGGGGGGGGUACAUGUUCGGAAGCCGAGCAUAAGCUCUUCUCCGUCAUCUUCUCCAACUACAACCAGUACAUACGACCUGUGGAGAACGUGUCCGACCCGGUCAUCGUCCAGUUCGAGGUGUCCAUGUCACAGCUGGUGAAAGUGGAUGAAGUCAAUCAGAUCAUGGAGACCAAUCUGUGGCUGAGACAUAUCUGGAAUGACUACAAACUCAAAUGGAAUCCAAAAGAUUUUGGAGGUGUUGAGUUUAUACGCGUGCCCUCCAGCAGGAUAUGGAAGCCCGACAUUGUGCUUUAUAACAAUGCAGUCGGAGACUUCCAGGUUGACGACAAGACGAAGGCCCUGCUCCGAUACAACGGCGAAGUCACUUGGAUCCCUCCCGCCAUAUUCAAGAGCUCCUGCAAGAUCGAUGUCACCUACUUCCCCUUCGACUACCAGAACUGCACCAUGAAGUUCGGCUCGUGGACCUACGACAAGGCCAAGAUUGACUUGGUGCUGAUAGGCUCCACCAUCAACCUCAAGGACUUCUGGGAAAGCGGCGAGUGGAUGAUCAUCGACGCCCCAGGCUACAAGCACGACAUCAAGUACAACUGCUGCGAGGAGAUCUAUACGGACAUCACAUACUCGCUGUACAUCCGCCGCCUUCCGCUGUUCUACACCAUCAACAUGAUCAUCCCCUGCCUCCUCAUCUCCUUCCUGACUGUGCUAGUCUUCUACUUGCCUUCGGACUGUGGCGAAAAGGUCACGCUGUGCAUUUCUGUGCUGCUCUCCUUGACCGUAUUCCUCCUCGUCAUUACUGAGACUAUUCCCUCCACAUCGCUGGUCAUCCCCCUCAUUGGCGAGUACCUCCUUUUCACCAUGAUCUUUGUCACCCUCUCCAUAGUGAUCACCGUGUUUGUGUUGAACGUCCACUAUCGCACCCCAAAGACCCACACAAUGCCCCAUUGGGUGCGUAGCAUCUUCCUGGGGCUGCUGCCCAAAGUCAUGUUCAUGACCCGACCUGAGAGGGAUCCAGAGAAGAUCAACAAUGCCGUUCAGAUGAUCCAGUCGAGGCAGUGCGGCGUUCACUCGUCCCUGCAGAAGCAGCAUAAGGCUGAGGCUCUGGCAUCCAGCGUGGUGUCAAGCCUGACAAACCGCCAGAGGCUUCUCAACAACACAGAGCUCUCUAAUCUCAACAACUUGAGUGGAAGCGAGCUGGCCAAGCGCACCGGAUCAGGCUCGCUGUGCUGCGAGGGCCGCUGCAACAGCUGCUGGCACCAGAGGUCCGGAAAACUGCCCGCGGAUUCCGGGGGUGGAGGCGGCGGAGGCCUCGGCAGCCUUGGAGCCUUGACUGGAGGCGCUGCGCCUGGCGGAGGGAGUCAGUGCUCCAGCUCGGAGUCCCUGGAUGUUGGAGCCAUGUCUCUGCUGCCGAUCUCCGCAGAGGUGAGGGAGGCUAUCGAGAGCGUCAAAUACAUCGCAGAGAAUAUGAGACUACAGAAUGAGGCAAAAGAGGUUCAGGAUGAUUGGAAAUACGUUGCUAUGGUAAUCGACCGCAUCUUCCUGUGGGUUUUUGUCCUAGUGUGUAUCCUUGGAACCGCUGGGCUUUUCCUCCAACCGCUUCUACUUGGGGAAGACAUAUAAAUAUACAUACCUGUAUAUUUUUGUACUUUUACCAAACUACUUCAGACUUUCAAAAUGCAGAUUUUUCGAGGACCCCUUAAAGGAGAGGACAGGAACACAACAUGUGUCAAGUCAUAGUCACCAAAUGACAGUAUAAAUGACGAUAAAACUGUACAUAAAAAAUGCACACACGCCUGUAGACUGUUUAACCAAUGUUUCCUGAGCAUGAAACAUUUGACUAACAAGUUAGCUUCAACAUGGAAAAAAAACAUGAUCAAGGAGCGGCACCCUGUGGUGAUACAGUGCUACAACAACUGCCGGUAGAAACCAUUUUUUAAUUGUCCCGAAAAACGAUUUGGGAGGUUCUCCAAUGAUGCCCCAAAAAUGACACGAUAAAUAAAGACUGCACAGACUAUUUCCAGACCAGUUCGACUUCCUUGGUGUAUUUGUAAAUAAAUCAGAUGUCUACUCGCGCCUCUGGGCUGCAGAUCUAAUCUAUCAGAAGAGGCCUCCGAGGCUCAAUUUAUCACUCUGUUCCACGUCUCGUGAGCUCCCUCAGAGCAAUGUCAGCUGAUAGGACAAUCAAUAUCAUGAGCAAGUGAUAAAGGAGCUCUUUGGACCCCUUGCUUCUCUCUUCUCUUCUCUCCUCUCUGAAACUCAUUUCCUUGCCAAAAAGGCGCAUUUGCUGCAAGCAGGUGGUGAAAAUCUGUCAAACGUAAAUG